GCUUCUACUGCUAUUGCUUCGCCGAGACUCCACCGCAUCCGGCAUGAGGCGUGAGGAGGGUGAGACGGGUAGUAGCAUCCCCCGGCAUCCCCGCUCGCCGGUGGUGGGGCCCCUCGAAGAUGAUGACCUUCUCUUGGAGAUCCUCCUUCGCCUGCCCCCGCAGCCGUCGUCCCUCCCUCGUGCCUCCGCCGUAUGUAGGCAAUGGCGCCUCCUCGUCACGGACCCAGGCUUCUCCCGCCGCUUCUGUCGCUACCACCGCCGCAAUCUUCCCAUCAUUGGUUUCUACAACCGACAUCUUCCAGACAUCUCCUUCGUACCUACUCUGAAGGACCUAGACCGUAUCCCACCUGGGCGAUUGUCCUUGCAGCCUCAACGUGACGACCAAAACUUCUCCACCUUUGGAUGCCGCCAUGGUCUCGUACUGGUCCAUGUCCGAGACUUCGAACCGCUAAAGCACCAUAUUCUGGUGUGGGAUCCUGUCACUGGUGAGCAGCACGACCCUGGCAUUCCCCUGGGGAUCGAUACAGGGAACCGAUUCAAUGGAGCAGUGCUUCGGGCUACAGGAAAUUUUGACCACUUCCAGGUGGUCUUGAUAGGCAACAGCGACAAAAGACGAGCGGUCGCAAGUGUUUACUCGUCAGAGACCGGUGUAUGGAGCAAUCUCGUUUCAACAUCAACAUCGUUGCCACUAAUGGACACUACAGACCCUUUUUCCGGCUGGUGUUUUAACGGGUUGCCGGUGUGUGUGGGUGCUGGGAGUGAGACUGGGAGCAAUGAUCGGUUCUCGAUUACGCAAGCAGAAGAUGGUGGGCUGGGUUUCCUCUCCCUGUCAGGCUUCAACGCCCAAUUAUGGAAGAGGAAGACCAAAUAUGAUGGUAUUGCUUCAUGGGUGAUGGAAAAAAUUAUUGAACUGGACAAACUACUGAAAAUUCCCAUGGAUCCAAAUAGGAAUGAACACGUUAUUAAGGUAAUUGGGUUUGCCGAGAACAAUAAUGCGGUGUUCUUGUACACAAAAAUCGGCAUCGUCGCGUUCCAUCUCGAGUCGUUGCAGUUCAAGAAGCUUCCUGGAUCUAGAAGUGUUGCUUACUAUUAUCCAUUUGAAAGUGUAUGGUGUAUGUAAGGACAUGACUUUACACUGGCAUCUAAAGUUAAUUUCUCAAUAGUUGUUGUUGGAAUGCCGUGCACAUCCUUUCAUGUUAAGAAAGUGAUAAUAAGUAGUCUCACAUCUCUUGUUUUCAAGGCAGACAUUGUAGAAUUCAUGACCGUUGAAGCCUAGAGCGGCAAGCUAGGGUGAUAUCAACGAUUAUUACA